CCCGCUCCUGUGGGGAGCUUCGCUCGGCACCCGCUGGGCGGGCGAACCCGAAACCGGGCUUGGGACCCGAGCGCCAGAUCCCGGACCCUGGACUGCGACUCUUUUGAAGAUCAGUGAUGUUCAGGGAUGUGGCCAUUGACUUCUCUCAGGAAAAGUGGGAAUGCCUGGACUCUACUAAAAGGGAUUUGUAUAGAGAUGUGCUGUUGGAGAACUAUAGCAACUUAGUGUCAUUAGAAUUGCCUUCAAGGUGUGCAAGUAAGGACUUAUGGAAAAAAGACACUUAUGAAAAAGAAUUAUCUCCAUGGCAAAUGAGUGAUAGGCUUGAGAAAUGUGAUCUUGAGGAGUCCAAUUCUAGAAAUUAUUUGGAAGUCAAAGGAAAGUUGGAGAAGCAACAAGAUAAUCAGAAGGAAUAUUUUCGACAAGGGAUGAUCACAUAUGAAAAAAUGUCUAUUUUCAACCAGCAUGCUUACUUAUCCCAACAUCCAAGAUGUCAUUCUACUGAGAAACCCUAUAAAUGUAGGGAAUGUGGGAAAGCCUUUAGACGAGCCUCACAUCUAACUCAGCAUCAGAGUAUUCAUACUGGUGAAAAACCCUAUGAAUGUAAGCAGUGUGGGAAGGCAUUUAGUCGUGAUUCACAACUCAGUCUUCAUCAGAGACUUCAUACUGGCGAGAAACCCUAUGCAUGCAAAGAAUGUGGGAAGGCAUUUACUCAGAGCUCACAACUUAUUUUACAUCAUAGGAUUCAUACUGGUGAAAAACCAUAUAAAUGUGAAGAAUGUGGGAAAGCCUUUAUUCGUAGCUCACAACUCACCCGACAUCAAAAAGUUCAUACUGGUGAGAAACCAUACGAAUGUAAAGAAUGCGGGAAAGCCUUUACUCAAAACUCACAACUUACUCUGCACCAGAGACUUCAUACUGGUGAGAAGCUCUAUGAAUGUAAAGAAUGUAGAAAGGUCUUUACUCAGCUCUCACAACUUAUUCUGCAUAAGAGAAUUCAUACUGGUGAGAAACCCUAUGAAUGUAAGGAAUGUGGGAAAGCUUUUAUCUGUGGCUCACAGCUUUCUCAACAUCAGAAAAUUCAUAAUGGGGAAAAACCAUAUGAGUGUAAGGAAUGUGGGAAGGCCUUUAUACGGGGCUCACUACUUAUGCAACAUCAGAGGAUUCAUACUGGUGAAAAGCCCUAUAAAUGUGAAGAAUGUGGGAAGGCCUUUAUCCGUGGCUCACAACUUACUCAACACCAGCGAAUUCAUACCAAUGAAAAGCCCUAUGAAUGUAAAGAAUGUGGAAAGACCUUUAGUCAUGGCUCACAACUUACUCAGCAUCAGAGAAUUCAUACUGGUGAGAAACCCUACCAAUGCAAGGAAUGUGGAAAGGCCUUUAAUCGUGGCUCACUCCUUACUCGACAUCAGAGGAUUCACACUGGUGAAAAACCCUAUGAAUGUAAAGAAUGUGGAAAAACCUUUAGUCGUGGUUCGGAACUUACUCAACAUGAGAGAAUUCACACUGGUGAGAAACCAUAUGAAUGUAAAGAAUGUGGGAAGUCUUUUAUUCGUGGCUCACAGCUUACUCAACAUCAGAGAAUUCAUACUGGUGAGAAACCUUAUGAAUGUAAAGAAUGUAGAAUGGCCUUUACUCAGAGUUCACAUCUUUCUCAACAUCAGAGACUUCAUACUGGUGAGAAGCCCUAUGUAUGUAAUGAAUGUGGAAAGGCCUUUGCUCGUGGCUUACUACUGAUACAACAUCAGAGAAUUCAUACUGGUGAGAAACCAUAUCAGUGUAAGGAAUGUGGGAAGGCAUUCAUUCGUGGUUCACAGCUUACUCAACAUCAGCGAAUUCACACUGGAGAAAAGCCCUAUGAAUGCAGGGAAUGUGGAAAGGCCUUUAGUCAUGGCUCUCAACUUACUCUCCAUCAGAGAAUCCAUACUGGUGAAAAGCCCUAUGAAUGCAAGGAAUGUAGAAAGGCCUUCACUCAGAGCUCACAUCUUUCUCGACAUCAGAGAGUUCAUACUGGUGAGAAACCAUAUCAAUGUAAGGAAUGUGGGAAAGCCUUUACUCGUGGUUCGCAACUAACUCAACAUCAGAGAAUUCAUGUCAGUGAGAAAUCUUUUGAGUAUAAGGAAUGUGGGAUAGAAUUUAGUCAUGACUCACAAGUUUAUAUGUGAAUUAUCUGGUUCUUUAUGAUUAAUAUAGAGAGCUUUCUCUGGUCAUUCAUUAUCAGCAAAGAAUUACAAAUGUGAAUGUGGGAGCACAUUUCCCAUGUAAAGCUCAGCAUCAGAGAAUCUAUAUUGGUUAAAGAAAGUGUUCAUGUAAUCUAUGUAGAAAAAACUUUCAUUAUUGAAAACUUAUUAAACUGUAGCAAAUUAAAAUAUAGAGUAACGUGUUAAUAUAGUAAGUGUAGAAAGGCCUUUAGCCAUAGCAAGUGUUAUUUUCAACAUUAUCUUGGCUCCACCAGUUGAUUUCCUUUGUGUUAUUUAUCAUGAUAAUUAACGUCUGCUUUGGUUUAGUCAUUUUAAAGAUAGACCUAAGAACAAUACCUUUCUUAUAAGAUUCUUGGAAGUAUUAUGUGAAUUAUUACAUGCAAAAGCUCUUAGAAGAGUGCCUUAAACAAAACAUAUCACAAAUGUUAGCAACCAGUUUCACUAGUUUUAUUUUAGAGAAUUUGCAUGAGAGGAGGGCUCUUAAUGAGUGUAAUGAAUACCAAGAAAUCUUUCAUUAACACUUAUCCUAGAUGAUAUGGGCAAUGGGGGCAUUGUGUGCUGUAAUGAAUGUAAAAAAGUUUUCAUUCAAAUCUCAUCCAUUAUGCUACAAGGAAAUACUGUAGCAUACUGUAAAGAAACCCUGUGAAUAUAAUCAGUGGAUUAUUGAGUGCAGCUGUCAGAGAAUUUGGGAGAGUUGUCAAGUGAUUAGUAACCAAGUCCAAGAUCCAAAGACUAAAAAUCUACUAGGAAAUUUUUAAAACGGAAUGUAUAGCAUUUUAAGUAAACUCAAAAUAAAAGGUGACAUUAUACUGUUUUGUUUGUGACAGAGACUGCUUUUUCCUUAUUAAAUAUACAUUUUCUCUUCUUUAGUAACAAAAUUCUGGGCUGAAAAAUUAUCCCAGCCUUCCUUGAAGGUCGACAAAAUGAAAGUUGUAUUCAAAUGAGUUUAAGAUUUUUUUUUCCUCUCUGCAUUUCUUUCUUUAUCUUUUUUUUUUUUUUUUUUUUUUUUUCUUACCUACAAUGUGGACAUCCAACCUGGAGCUCUGACAGACUCAUACUGACUUUCAGAAUGGUAUCUGGGUGUAACGGAUGAUGGAGCAGAAAAACAAAAGGUCUGCAACCCUUAUUUAAU